ACAACACAUUCCAGACAUGCCAUACCAACAGACACAACAAGUGAAGCAGACAAUUGCAAGCUUUCCUCAGAAAAAAUCACGCGAAUAUCGGGCCCAUAAGGCUAAUGUUCAUACAGUAGGAUGGAACUGUGAUGGCAGGAAAUUGGCGUCUGGAUCUGUUGAUAAAACUGCGCGUGUCUGGGCACCGGAGAGGACUGCUGAUCCUAGGAGCUCACAAGAACUACGUGGACAUACUGACAGUGUAGAUCAAUUGCGGUGGGAUCCCACACAUCCGGAUCAUCUCGCUACUGCCAGCUGUGAUAAAACUGUCCGCAUCUGGGACGCAAGAUCUGCAAAAAGCAUUCAUAAAAUCGAUACAACCGGUCAAAAUAUCAACAUUAGCUGGUCACCGGACGGUCAAAGCAUUGCAGUAGGAAACAAAGAGGACCUCAUCUCUUUUAUUGAUACACGCACGUUCAAAGUUCAGAAGGAAGUCCCCUUCAGAGUCGAAGUCAACGAGAUCAGUUGGAACCCUGCAGGCGAUCUAUUCUUAUUAACCACUGGGCAAGGAUCUAUCAAAGUCUUCAGUUACCCAGCCAUGGAAGAGGUCUAUGCAUUAGAGGCUCAUACCGCUAACUGCUAUUGUCUAGAAUUUGAUCCCCGUGGUCGAUAUCUCGCCACAGGGAGCGCAGAUGCUUUGGUCAACCUUUGGGACCUUGAAGAUUACAUUUGCGUACGAACAUUUGGGCAGUUACACUGGCCUAUCCGUACAAUAAGUUUUAGCUUUGAUGGCGAGUUCAUCGCAUCUGCCUCUGAAGAUUUUGCGAUUGAUAUUUCACAUGUAGAGACGGGUGAAUCUGUACAUACUGUCACUUGUUUUGCAGCCAUGAAUACAGUAGCCUGGCAUCCAAGUAAAUACCUCCUUGCUUAUGCUGGUGAUGAACAAGAGAUGAGGAAUGGAAACUCAACCAUGAUUGGAAACCUUAGAAUCUUUGGUUUCUCAACUUAAUGAGGCAUUAGAAUAAAUCCCUGUACAACAAUGACAUGAAGCUAUUUUUAUUAUUAAUAUGGCUGGACAUUAAAUCGAUACAUUUGUUCAUUACUCCCUACGGGCAAAC